AUGUUUAUAAACUUCAACUUCUCGGACGAGGUUCAGGGGCGGGAUGCGUUUGAAUAUAUCCGGAACCGCACUUGCCGGCUCGGUUCGAUAGAAAAGCUAUACGCCUUCAGCUAUCAACCCCUGAAACUAGAGAAACCAUUCGACGGAUGGAAUAUCUACGACCCAAGAGUCGAGUUUCGACGGCAAGGGAUCAGCACCAAGUCUGUCGAUAGAGGAUGGAGGGUAUCCUUAAUAAAUAAGGAUUAUAAUUUCUCACCGACCUACCCUGGCAUUCUCGUCGUUCCCUCUAAGAUAUCCGACAAUGUCAUCAAGUAUGCCGGCUCUUACCGAUCGAGACAGCGCAUACCUGUCUUAACCUACCUUCACUCCCUAAAUAAUUGCUCUAUCACGCGGAGUUCUCAGCCUAUGGUCGGGUUCAGGGGGAACCGCAGCAUACAGGACGAGAAGCUGGUCAGCGCGUGCUUCUCCGCUUCGGCCACCGUUGAGUUUAAUGGAAUGGAGACCCCAGUAGCGGACACGACGGAACCCAGCCCAGCAUCCAGUCAUGCAGACCUCCGAGAUACUUUGGACACGGAAACUUCAGAAACGGAACGUCUUGAAGAUGAGCUUAUCGCGGGGGACGAGAGCAAUUACGAUACGAAAACGGGAAAGCGGUUAGUCUAUGGUGCACAGCAGAGCAAUCUCAUCGUGGAUGCUCGACCAACCAUCAACGCAGUCGUAAUGCAGGCAAUGGGAAAGGGGUCGGAAAAUAUGGAAUAUUACAAAUUCGCUAAGAAAGCCUAUCUGAAUAUCGAGAAUAUUCAUGUUAUGAGAGAAUCUCUUAACACCGUUAUAGAAGCCUUGAAAGAUGGAGACAUCUCUCGCCUACCUCCUAAUCGCGAACUGCUCGCGAAGAGCGGUUGGCUUAAACACAUUACUGGUAUACUCGACGGGUCGGCCCUAAUCGCACGCCAAGUUGGUAUAAGACACUCGCACGUCUUGAUCCACUGUUCGGACGGUUGGGACCGUACUAGUCAGCUAUCAGCCCUGUCACAGCUGAUGUUGGAUCCUUAUUACCGCACGAUCGAAGGAUUUAUCGUAUUAAUCGAGAAAGAUUGGUUAUCCUUUGGACACAUGUUCCCAACAACGUUCCGGCUUACUCAACCACGAGAAGUGCCCGGCGAGUCGGACGGCCGCGCGGGUGAAGCCUUCGAGAAUGCGCUCGCGAGCGCGAAGCGAUUCUUCAAGAACCGUAGCAGCGAAGCCAACGCAGAAUCGGACGGCGACGGUGUGGCCUCACCAGCCGAUGAUCCAUCACAAGUCAAGAAACCGGCACCAGGUACUCCCGAAGCUAGCGAAGCUACCCGACCCAAUGAAAUAUCCCCUGUUUUCCACCAAUUCCUCGACGCGACGUACCAGAUCUUGCGGCAGCAUCCUAAUCGCUUCGAGUUCAACGAGCGGUUCCUACGGCGUCUUCUCUACCACCUUUAUGCCGGACAGUACGGUACAUUCCUAUGGAAUAACGAGAAGGCUCGCAAAGACGCUCGAGCGAACGAGAGAACGAGAUCGGUAUGGGACUAUUUCCUAUCACGAAAACCAGAGUUUAUCAACCGAGACUACGACGCGACAAUCGACGAUCGGCAAAGUGGCCACGAGAGACUCAUAUUCCCUAAACUUUCUGACGUGCGCUGGUGGCAUCAGCUCUUCGGCAGGACAGAUGCGGAGAUGAACGAGUACCUCGAUCUAGCUGCGGCAAGGGACGAGAAACUCGGCAGCUAUGCCCUAGGCACGACGACACCAUCCAUGCCAGGUGGCUUCACGGGCUCCCCAAAUAGAUCGCCGCGGCCGUCGUCGCAAAGUCCUCAGCCGCCGAGCUUAUCUCUAAGCAAGAGCGUACUUACGGGCGUAGAAUCUGCACACGAAGCACUUACGCCAGAGCAGCGGGCGGUAACUAGCAAUCCGGCAAGUCUAAAACAUAACGCAAGCGCCGACACGCCCAACGCAUUCACAACAAAUCUCGCUAAGAUUAGGGACGGGGUGACCGGGCUAGAUAUAGGACGAGGUAUGUUCGGGGGGUCUAGCGCUGCGAGCAUCGGCGAAGAUGCAAGCGUAAAAAUGGGGGAACAGGAGAUGGCAGAUAUGCCAACCGGGAGCGAGAAGGGGAGCACGGAAAUUGUGUGA